AUGAGAAUCAAGAAAUAUGUUAAGAGUGAAAAAUCUGUCAUGGAGAGCCAUGGUAUGAAUCGCAUGCAAGAGUUAUUAAGUAGUUACUACGGAUUACAAGAUCAAGAGAGUCGGCAGGAACAGUUGCGUAAUAUUGACUCUCCUGGAUUUGAUUCGAACUUAUACGUUCAGGAACUUCUGAAGACCCGCGGGUUAAAGGACUUGUUAUCGACCGACGAUCAGCUCAUUCGUGAGAUUAAAGAACUUGAUACCAAUAUGCAAAUGCUUGUGUAUGAAAAUUACAACAAAUUCAUUAGUGCCACCGACACGAUCCGUAAGAUGAAGGACAAUGUAGCAAGUAUGGAGGCGGAGGUGGGACGCGUCGUCAAGAGUAUGGACAUUAUUACGGCUAAGAGCGAGAGUAUCAACGUAGCGUUGGCGCCACAUCGCUCUACAGUGGAGAAACUGAUAGGAGUGCGAAGAUUACUUAAACGUUUCGAGUUUAUCUUUGAUCUGCCACAGAGAUUGAAUACUGCUGUAAGGCAGAAGAAUUAUGCGAACGCUACUAAAUACUAUCUGCUGGCUCGCCGGAUCCUGGAUAGAUAUGAGCAUAUCUCUUCAUUUAAGACGAUUCAAGUGGAAGCUGAAAAAAUUAUACAGCAGCUUGUAAGGGUGCUGAAGAAACAAAUGGUUGACCCAUUGCUUGAGUCUCAGGAGCUUUGCGAUACAGUCAUACUUCUCCAUCAACUCGGUGCGUGCACUGAUGAAAUUCGCGACCAAUUUCUUGAAUGGCAUCAAGUGUAUUUUGAGCGAACGGUUGCUGCUCUGAAGAUAGAAGAAUCAACUUCCUCUGUUCUUCAAUUUCUGCAACAAUUUAACGCUGAUGUGCUAACGAAAAUGAGUCAAGUAUUCUCAGUAUAUCAAGCCCACUUUAUGCCCGAGGUAGUCGCUCGCGAAAAACUAUCAGCGAUGCGAAGGUCUUCAAAUGCAGUUCGGGAUGAUUUAUUUCUCAGUUUCGUCAAAGAAAUGUUUGCACUGUACUCGAGCAAGUGCGUUCUUCAGUUUCGUCGCCCUUAUACAGACUUCGGAACGAGAGAUGAAGUAUUUAAAGUAAUGGGGGACGAUGAUCUGCCAUCGGAGAUCGUCGAAAGUGAGUACUAUGUUUUCAUGCGCGUAAUGAAGCAAUUUGUUUCGCAAGUGAACAAAGUAGAUCGCGCUAUUCCAAUGUGUGGACUGGCUGUAAGUGCGACUCAAACUGUCGAAGAUUGUGUGGGCUUCCAAAUCGAGAGCAUCUUUCGUAAAUUACGUAAGGAUACCGGCGAGGUUUUUGUCACUUAUCACAAAGAUGUUUGCAGUUUGGGGCGAAGCACACAUGACGGUGGAAGGAGUGUCCGUCCACUAGCACAACAGUCCGCAAGAAUGUUGACCAAUAUGAUGCAGAAAUUUCUUUUUCAAAUGAAGCCAAUGAUGGAAACUGGAUUCGUCAUUCUUUCCAAAUUUAGUCGUCUCUUUUCAAACUUGGUCCAGAAUCAAUUUUACGAUUUUUUAAAAUGGUUCAAUGCAGCAGUGCUACAAUAUGCGGAGCCAAAGCGCGCUUUCACCCAGGCAAAAGUACCUUUUAAAGGUCGAGCUUACGAUAACCUCAUUCCGUGGCUAGAGUCUACUCCUCAAUUUUUGUUAUUUCUGGGUUGCAUGUGUCAAGAGCUGUCGGCUGAAGGGAUUGGGGAAUGCGUACGUAGCCUCAUUGAGUGUAUGCCGGCACCUUCUUCUCUGCCUUUUAACGAGUCGAUGGAUAAUCAUCGAAUGAGCCAGCAAGAUGUGACGCACAUGGUUGAAGUAACUCGUGAGUCAUCGAAUGAGCUUUUUCUGCACGUUGCAAAGCACUAUGGUAAUCAAUUGUGUCUCCUUGUCUACAAUGGUGUGGCUGCUACGUCGUGGGCUGAUAUGGAUGAUGAACCAAGGAGUGUACAAGAAAUGAUGGUCGCAGUCGUUGAAGCUACGUUUCGAAUUGGUAAAGAAGUCGCGUUGGCACUUGGUGACACCCAAAGUGUAUUCAUAAGCAAAAAUACCCGCACAACUAGCCGUGACUUUCGAAGACGAGCGAGUGCCUUGCGAUCUCGCAACGCAGCAGUCACCAGCGCGCCAUCUGGUAUGCAGCUCGACGUUGAUCGACUUUUCGCUCAGAAAGUUGACAUAUUUCCCUCCCAGCUUGAGCUUACAACGGAUGCUUUUAUUCAGACAAUGCUCAAGAUGUGCGUAAAGGCUUUUAGCGAAUAUGUGCGGUUGAUUGAGGUCUCAAAAUUUGGGUUACAGCAAAUUCAGGUGAAUGCCGAAUUCCUGCGUAGUACAUUGCUGCACAUUGUAGCUAUUGGAGAGCCUGAAGAAGAAAUGGAGAGUCUUUUGUCGGAUCUUUUGUCCACUGCUCGUGGACGUGCGGUUGAAGACAUACUGAUGGAUCAGAGCAAUGUCGUGGCCAUCGUAAGCACUAAAAGCACCCAAGUUUUGUCAUGUCGAGGGUAA